UACUUCGCUCUCUGUUGAGUCUCUAAAACAGCGUCUCAUGUAGGUUAUGGAAAUGAAGCAGUGAUAUAAAUUUUUAUAUAAUUUAACUUAAGCUUGACGUGCGGUUGGGUUACGAUUAAAGUUGAAAAUAAACUCUGUAGUCACGGCUUUUAUUAAAGAUAAUUAUUUGUUAUGGCUGUCCGUCGUGCUUCCCACGCAGGCAGCUGGUACUCUGAUUCAGGGAAAGAGUUGAUCGGCCAACUGGACGCAUGGGUGAACAACGCAUGUCUCUCUCACGGGCCGGCCCGCGCCAUCAUAGCCCCUCACGCAGGUUACCAGUACUGCGGUGCUUGCAGUGGGUUUGCAUACCGCCAGAUCAGUCCGGUUGUCGUGCGGCGUGUUUUCAUCCUGGGACCGUCUCACCACGUGCGUCUCGCGGGCUGUGCCCUGUCUCCCGCGGUCAAGUACCAGACGCCUCUCUACGACCUAAGAGUUGACGCCCAAGUGUACAAGGAGCUGGACUCGACCGGCCAGUUCGAGUGGAUGAACCUCUCGAUCGACGAGGACGAGCACAGCAUAGAGAUGCACCUCCCUUUCAUCGCGAGGGUCAUGGAGGACUACAAGGACUCGUUCACCAUCGUCCCGGUGCUGGUGGGCUCGCUCGGCCCCGACAAGGAGUCCGCGUACGGCCGGAUAUUCGCCCGCUACCUGGCCGACCCGCAGAACCUCUUCGUGAUCUCGUCCGACUUCUGCCACUGGGGCCACCGGUUCCGCUACACGUUCUACGACCGCAGCUGGGGCGAGAUCUACCAGUCCAUCCAGGUGCUCGACAGAACGGGAAUGGACAUAAUUGAAUCUAUGAACCCAACUGCCUUCACCGAGUAUCUGAAAAAGUUUGGAAAUACAAUUUGUGGAAGACAUCCUAUUGGUGUUUUGCUUCAGGCUAUCCACAGUCUCCAGCUGUCUGGCACGAACGGACACAAGAUGUGCCUGAAGUUCCUGAAGUACGCCCAGUCUAGCCAGUGCUGCUCGAUGAACGAUUCGUCGGUGAGCUACGCGGCCGCGGCCCUCACGUUCGAAUAACGAGCGGCCUCCUCCCCCCGCCCACCCCCGCACUGCCCCUAGGAGCUCCGACAUUCUGACCCCUCGCCGCGGCCCCGGGAGACCUUGAUCUCGUCGGCACUUCGAGUGGCCUACGCCUUCGUCCCGGGCGCCCGCACAGGGGAAAAACACGAGAAGAAAAAAAGACUUUGUUUCCGGCACGUGCCAGUGCGGUUACGAUUGGAGACCCGUGAAUUUCGCGGGUUCAUUUCGUGCUACGUUGCAAUUCGAAUAAUUAUACCUCGGUGCUGCUUCUGUCAUUGGUUCUCUGUUAAUCUGGAGGACUGUAGGGCCAAUCAGAGACCCAUCGCUCGUAGAAGUGCCGAAUCGCAGGCCACCCGGUCGAGACGACUCACAAGUCAGCAGCCAAUGAACAGGUGUGGCAUUUGCCCGAGUGUGUAGAGGAUAUCGGAGUCUAUUCCUGGAGGUCAUUGAAUCCGCGAAAUUCACGGGUCUCUAGUUAUGAUUUAGGGUACAGGUCUCUUAUUUUUCGUUUCGUUCUGCGUGUAGCUUUUGUUCCGCACAUGGGGAAAAAAAAGGAUCUUGUCGUCAUUUUUUUGUGGCAGCAUCUUCAUUCACACCUUUGCAGAGAAUUUGAUCAUUUUAAUGCAACACACUUCCCCCCCCCCCCCCCCCCUUCUCUCUCUCUCUCUCGCGACAGUCCGAUCCAUUGCGUUGCGAUUUGCUGAUGAAUAGAAUUUCAAAUGCUUAAAUUGACUGUCGACAUUAAUUUUUGAGGCGGGGGAUGAUCUCACAAGUACAAUAUUUUAUCAAAUGUUUUGGUUAUAUUACUUGAAUAAUCCAUCAAGGUGGAAAAUUUAAGCUUUUGCAAGUUACAAAAUAACAGUAAAUGAAAAACAGGUUGUGAUCAGUUGGCAACAUUAUAAAGAAUGAUAAGGUAUUAUUUUGGUAUUUUCUAAGUGAACAUAACCCACAUCAUGCAAGGAAAUGUGUAUCAUGAUUGAAAAGUGAUUGCUUCAGAAUUAAAUUAUUUAUGAAUUAAUACAUAUUCUUGGACAUACAGUGCAAUAAAGGGCUAAGUAAUGACACUAGAAUUUUUAUAUUAUAGUAUAGUACUACAUACAAUACAACUAGUAUUGUCUUCAGGAUAAAAUUUCAAUUUUCAGUUUGUGUCUAUAUAUUUUAAAUAGUUUAAGAUAGUGCUCAUUUUCUCUAUAACCCAUGCCAAUAUAUUAUCGAGUUUUCGUUUAGGCUUCUCAUUACCAAAACAUUUCUAUCUAAACCAUAUUAAAAUAUUUUUGCUCUACUCAUUACAUUGAUAAGAAUAAAA